UACAAAUAUAUUUUGAAGGUUGUGUUAUAUAGCUAAUGUGUUAAAGUAACCGGACGUUGACGAUGGACUCCACUGUACUGCUUCUAUUGACAAUGUUCGCUGUUUUAGGUAAAGUUGUUGGAGACAGAAGACUGACAUUUGUAACGGUGCUCUACCGCCAUGGUGACCGAUCCCCAGUCAAAGCCUACCCCACUGAUCGCUACCAGGAGAGCUCUUGGCCACAGGGCUUUGGACAGCUCUCGCAGGAAGGAAUGAGGCAGCACUUUGAGCUGGGACAGGUGCUGCGGAAACGCUAUCAGGGUUUUCUAAAUGACACCUAUGACCGACAUGAGAUUUCUGUGAGGAGCACAGACUAUGACCGGACCUUGAUGAGUGCAGAGGCCAACCUGGCAGGAUUGUACCCUCCCAAUGGGUCACAGGUCUUCAACCCAUCACUGGAGUGGCAGCCUAUUCCUGUUCACACUGUACCCCUGGAUGAGGAGAGGCUUUUGUCAUUUCCCAUUCCGGAUUGCCCUCGUUAUAAAAUCCUCAUGAUUGAGACUGAACGCACAGAAAAGUACCUCAACAUGACAUUACUAUACAAAGAUCUAAUAGCGAUGGUACGGGAGAAAACUGGUCUGAAGAACACCACCAUUGAGACUGUUUGGAGUGUCCAUGACACCCUGUUCUGUGAGGCAAGGCACAACAUGACCGCUCCUGACUGGGUGACCCCUGAGAUCAUGGAUGAUCUGAGGAAGCUCAAAGACUUUGGCUUUGAAAUCCUGUUUGAGGUCUACAAGCAUCAGGAGAAAAGCCGUCUCCAAGGAGGUGUCCUCUUGGGUAGCAUUGUAAAUAACAUCUCGGAGUCUGCACUUCCUGACUCCAAUCGCCGUCUGAAGAUGAUGAUGCUCUCUGCGCAUGACACCACCAUUGUGGCUCUGCAGUCAAGUUUGAGUAUCUUCAAUGGAAAGCAGCCGCCCUAUGCCUCCUGCCACAUAUUUGAACUCUAUCAAGAAGACAACGGAUCAUUCACAGUGGCCAUGUUUUAUCGCAAUGACACCACAAGAGCGCCUUACCAACUGGCUAUACCUAGCUGUGACCUCUUCUGCCCCCUGGAGGACUUUGUGCGCCUCACCAAACCAUCCAUCCCAGAGGAUUGGGACAAGGAGUGCAUGGUUGAGUCUCCUACAAAGGAUACAGAGGUGGUCAUCGGACUAGCAGUUUGUGGCUGUUUGCUCUUCCUCCUUAUCGUCCUCCUGCUCGCUGUGCUUUGUCGGCAACGUGAUCCCUCCGACGGCUACAGUCACAUUCACAAUGAGAUUGAAUCUUGACAAAAGUACAAACUCCACCGUAGGCAGGAUUCAUGGGAGAGUGAAGAUGUUGUUUGAAUGCCUCCCAGCUCUGCCCUCUGGUGGGGGAUGCAGGAAAAGGGAACACUGGACUCCUUUUUAGUGCAACUUUUAUUUUUUUUAUUUUUUUACUUUUUACAUGUAAAAAAUGUUUUCCUUCAAAGGGGUCUGUGACCUUUCACCAAAAAUGCACAGAAACGUACUGGGAAGGACAAAGGUUAUCUAGUCUUCUAGUCAACUGUUGUCAUGGUAAGUAUUCCUAAGUUUGUGAAUGAAGUUGGUUACUGCAUUUGGACAAAAAUGGCUUUUUUAAUGUUUUCAAAUACUACUUGUACUCAUGGGUCCAAGUCACCUGACCAGCGUUCUUACAAAAUGUGGACCACUGGAUGCUUCAUGCUUGUUUGAUUCUCCACUUGGAGAAUAAUGAUCAUUGUGACACUGAACCCGAGGACUGCUUGUGCUUCAUUCUUUCCAAGGAACAGAUUUUGGCCGACUGUACUGCGCAUUCUUCUACCAAGUCAUUUGAUAAAGAAUACUAUUCAUUUCCUCUGGUGGUGAUUGUCAUGGUACUUGGAGAAGCCUUAACAUCAUGGUAGUCUUGGUAAAGGCUUUGCUCUAUAUGUCAGAGGCAUGUACUACUAACAAGACUGUCAUGCUUUGUGCCAAGGGCUGUUAGAUUAAAUUUAAGGCAUAGUAAUUCAUUUAUUUGCUGAAAAAGCUACAUGUAUCUAACAGUGUGACUGCCCUCUUUCUGCUCUUCCUUUAGACUUUUUUUUUUUUAAGGAACGUUAAGUUUUUUUUUUCUUUCCCCCAAAGUAAAAAAAAAAUAAAAUAAAAAUAUUACAUUAUAAAUACAGUAUGAUACCUUUAAAUUAACGAGUGCAGUGUCCCCCACUGAGUUCCCAUCAAACAAGUCACUCCGACCAAGGUAAAGACAGCUUCAGGUUGGAUAUUCAACGGAUAUCCGCCUGUAGUUUUCCUUGCAACCGCAGUUAGGAACGGUCAACCGUGACAAAUCACAUUUCUUAAAUUUCAAUAGCUCUUUAACCGUUACUCCUAAAACAUUCAAACCUGGUUCUAGCUAACCUGAUGGCAUAGACACACAUUGCGCACUUUGUGUGUCAAUUUACAUCUCGCACUAUUUUAAAUUAUCUAUAAAAAAAAUAAAAAAAAUGUUUUUUUCAAAAGCUCCUUGGUUAUGUGACCUGACUUCAAACAAGGUUCAGAAUGUACACUCAGCGGGCCUACACAUUGCACACCCUUUAGUUAGUCCAUUUUAAUCUCACAAGAUUGUACAUGAAUUUUGUAAAUGUUCUAAUUUCAUUAGCUCCUUGGUCAUGUGACCUGACUUCAAUCAAGGUUCAGAAUGUCCAAUGAUGAAUGUCCAUUUACAUCUCAUACGAUUUUACAUUUCAUUUUUCAAACUUUAUAAUUUCAAUUUCUCUUUGGUAAUGUGACAGACUGACCUCAAACUACUUUCAGAAUGUCCACGGACUGGUGGAGACGGGCGCCACGAGGUGCGGUAAUGCGGCCGCUCCCGGAGAAGCUGGCGGGAGCCCUGGAAUGGGUUUGCCACGAGGGAGGGGCCCAAGCCCUGGAAAGCGUUGCUGUUUCGGCGGAGUUCGGUGAGCUCUCCCUGGCUCUUGAAAGUCCGGGGGAGAGGGUGUAAAUCUCACGCCGGGCAAUAUUACUUUACUAUAUCCGCAGCAGGUCUCCAAGGUGAACAGCCUCUGGCAUGUUAUAACAAUGUAGGUAAGGGAAGUUGGCAGAAAAGAUCCGUAACUUCGGGAUAAGGAUUUGCUUAGAGGAGGAGACGAGCCCCAAUGGCCCUGCAGUGAUAGGGCAUUGCAUGGAUCUGGCUCAUGCCCUACGAAGUGGGGAGAGGUAUCUCCAGCUUGUCUGGAGAGGGAGGCCUACGUCUGUGGGUAGUACCAUCCAUGCCCAGGGAUUUGUAUGUAGCAGAGCAGCUCAAUCGCUGCAGUCUAUUGAAAGUCAGCCCUCGAUCCUCAAGCACUCAGGCCAUGGAUGUUGGUGUGGGGACCGCAGAAAAAGCGGGCGGAUCACCCGGAGCCUGUUUUUGAAUUGCCAUGUGCACAGAGCCUGUUUCAACAGCGGGACUGUAGACGUUUUAGUAAUUCCAGGGAGUAAGCCAAGGGAAAGGGGUGUUGACCGGGUAGGUGUGGAGGUCUGUAGUUCCAGGGAGUAAGCUAUACACACUCAGGCCCAGGGAGAGGGCGGGCAGAGUAUAGGCCUAGGGCCCAGGAAUCAGAGGUCACCAGGUCAAUAGGGGGCCUGCCUGGAGGUCAGGAAGGCCCAAGUGAAUAAGUGUGUGUGACACUGUCCUUCAGGGGUGCAGAGCAGGCAACUUAAUGUAAAAUCGUUUGAGAUGAAAAUGGACAAACUGAAGGGUGUGCAAUGUUUAGGCCCACUGAGUGUACAUUCUGAACCUUGUUUGAAGUCAGGUCACAUAACCAAGGAGCUAUUGCAAUUUAAAUGUAAAAAAAGUUUGUACAUUGUUUACGCUCCCUAACUAAUUCAACUAGGAAUACAAAAUGCUGCUCACAUGUUUAUUAGCUUUGCAAAGUGAAUUAAUGUCCAAAUUGUGAAAAUAAGACCUGUGCUGUAACACAAUUUAACCAUGAGUAAAAGUCCAAUGUUGGUAGUGACUGCCCAUUACUGCUUUACAUUUAUUAACCAUUAUUCAUAUUACUUUACUAUAAUUUUAAUAGCUCCGCACUACCUGUAAUUUAAUUUGCAUGUGUUCAUCCCAAUGUGUUUUCAUGGGCAAUGAGUAAUUUAUAAUAGUGCCUAUUGUUUAACCAGACAUCUGAUUCAAUUUGUCCAACUGGUUUUUGUAGACAUCAUGGCCCCAAUAAUCAUGUCUCCAUUUUAUCACAUCGCUACGUGACGGACUGGAGAGUAAUUCUUAUCUGUAAUAUUUUGUGUUAAAUCAUGAACAAUUGGUUUCACCGUAGUGCUUGAAUUAUGCUGUUAAACAUAAAAUCAUUCAUGCCCUGAUAUGCUGGAAGUUAGUUGUAAGAAUUGUUUGGCACUGGGAAUUCGCAAUACUUUGAUUUGAGUCACUGUUUGCAUGUGGAUUGCUUAUUAAACUGCAUUUUGAGUGUCUUGUCAAAAAUGUUUUUAUUGCACCUUUUAAAUAAAUUGUUCUGUAAUAACA